CAAAGAAUCUGAUUGGACAGUCAAACCCAGUCUUCUCACUGAAGAGGAGACAGCAUAGAGAGAUUCAGCUCACUCAUCGCAGCUUCUGAAGCACUAUGGCACCUCCAAACUUUGCUUUGUGUGUCGCAUGUCUGUUUGUGGUGAAUAUUGCUCACACAACAGCUUUAAAGCAGUCAUCAUUAUAUUUUCUAUCAGUUGAUGUUGGACAAAAUGUGAAUUUGUCGUGUUUCUGUCUUGAUAAGGGAGCACUAACCUUUUACUGGUAUAAGGAAACUGUGGGAUUCACACCAAAGCUGGUGUCUUCAUUCGCCAGUUAUAAUGCCAACAUCACCUUUCAUGAUGAAUUUAAGAAUCCACGUUUCUCAGUGGACAUUGAAAAUCGUAAAUAUCAGUUGAAGAUUUCAGAGUUCCAAAUUUCAGACUCAGGUACUUACUACUGCUUAAAGAACAACUUCCCUAUUUUUGAAUUUUGUGAGGGCACAACCAUAAUAGUAAAGGGCUCAGGCCUGAAAACCCCAGUUUUGGUCCAUCAGUCAGCAUCGGAGACCAUCCAGCCAGGAGGCUCUGUGACUCUGAACUGUACAGUACACACUGGGACCUGUGAUGGAGAACACAGUGUUUACUGGUUCAAAAACUCUGGAGAAUCUCAUCCAGGACUCAUUUACACCCAUGGAGGCAGGAAUGAUCAGUGUGAGAGGAAACCCAGCACACAAACACACUCCUGUGUCUACAGCUUGCCAAUGAAGAACCUGAAUGUUUCUCAUGCUGGGACCUACUCCUGUGCUGUUGCCUCAUGUGGACACAUUCUGUUUAGCGACUGGACUAAGUUAGACGUUGACUAUGAGGUGGACUCUCUUGUGUAUAUCUUGAGUGCAGCUUUGUCAUUCACCACCAUCCUGGUUGUGUUACUGGCUUUCACAGUGUACAAGAUGAACAAAAGGAACUGCCAAUAUACAGAGUCUAACGUGACAUUUUCAGCUUCUUCUACAAAUGCAGCGUUACGUCAAGACACAGAGAACCUUCAUUAUGCUGCUUUAAAGGAUCUCAAGACUGACAGAUCCAGAAGACAGAGGAGCAACACCAAUACUGAAUGCGUGUACUCCAGUGUAAAGCAGUAGACCUGGACGUGUUUCUUUACUUUGUUACUGUAUAACAAGAUAUUUUUUAUUAGGCUAUUUAGAAUUGUCCUGAAAUAUGAACACCUAAAAUCUUUCCAUCAAAUUUCAGUGAAUAUAAAAACUUGACGUACAAUAAACUUGCAAUGAAACAAAGUCUUGUUACAGUUUCUUUGAUGUCUUGUCAGCUGUGAAACACUCUACUCUUUGUCUCCAGAGUUUACAGAAAUACAUUCACACCUCUGUGUGUACUGCUGGGGUUAGUCUCUCUAAGAGAUUUCACAACUGAACCAAGUCUGCGUCAGUGACAUCACAUGUACAGUAUGUACAGAAGUCAUCACAGAACGAUCUGGCUGGGUUGUUUAUUGUGUCCACUGCUACAGACCUGUAAGAAGCUUCUUAUAACUUCUUUGUAGGUAACAAUAAAGUGAGAUCAUGUCAGAGCUUGUCUGUUCUUUGUCUCUGUGAUGUCACACAGGAUGUCUCUCAGUGACUCUCAGUUUCUCUCUGAAUCUGACCUACAGAUCCUGUCCACAACACAAGUAUUUUGAUCCUUUACUUCAGUCGAAGAACAGAUGGCACAAUAGUUAAUGUUGUAGUUAAAGUGAAUAUCAGGUUGAUCAUGAGCAGAACUAAUCAUGUUUGAAACGAGUGGGUGUUUACCAGGCAC